GUGCCCUCUAGGGAGGCGCCUGGGGCAGAGUUGGCGACUGCAGACAACGAGGAAGUGGCUGCUUCUGCUCCCGUCGCUGAGACAGAAGUCAAAGACCAGGAGGAGCCAGAGAACGCAGAGGUGCCCACUGCAACACCAGCAGCCGGCGCAAUGCAGCAGUUCACAAAUCUUCGUGCGGAAGAGGCGCUGUCCUCAAGAGCUACUGGCCAUGCGUCGAUCGCACCUGACAGAGCUGCGUUGCCAGAUGCAAGCAAGAGAGAGGAAGCAGUCUCUUCCAGCUUUCAGCCAGAAGCAGUGAACGCUGUAGUACCCGGCGACGCAGAAGCCGAG